AAAAUCCGACAAAACCCGUUCGUUCAGAGACACCUUUGCUGUGGCCCUCAUCUUGCUUGAGUUUUUCUGGGGAAAGUAGACAGAUCGGAUUUACAGUACCAACUAGAAAGUCCAGUUCCACCAACCGAGAUGUCACAGGAUCAUGACAAGUAAGUGUUUUCAGUCAGCACUGCAAGUCCAGCAGAACCAAAUCAAUGUGUUGAGAGUUCUAACAGUUUACUGAACUUUGGUGCAAAAUGACCCGUCGAUAUUUGACUUUUUUUGGGGGGGUUACCUGCGCAGGUGGAUUCUAACGGAGUUUCCUGGACUGUGGGAAAGUUGACUUUUUGCCUGCCUGGCAAAACGACUAUGAUUCAAUCUCCUUAUUUAUUGUACUUAGUGAUUCAAUCUCUAUUUAUCGUGCUUAGGAUCAGUGAAAGCGCCGUUUGGGGCUUAUAGCAGCUACAAGCGCUGUUUCUCUGGUCGGGUUCCAGCCUGCACGGCACAGGUGUGUUGGCUAUCUCUCCACCUGUCGUGCUAGUUCAGGCGCCUGUUCCGAGUAACGUUCUGCCAACCAGUGUGUUAUUGAUGGGCGGUUCAUUAUUUGAUUUGGCUCACAGUUAUUUGGUUAGACUUUAUUUUGUUUGUCGAAGAUAUUCGUCUUAACCCCCCCCCCAACUACACCCAACAGUACAAUUUUUAUUGUAGCCCAGGACAAGCACACCUGAUUCAACUUGUCAACUAAUCAUCAGGCCCUUAAUGAGUUGAAUCAGGUGCUGGGGCUACAACAAAAAUGUGUGCUGUGGGGGUUCUCGAGGACCGGAGUUGGGAACCACUGCCCUAAUCCAUGGUUGUAAUGGCAUUUCUAAUCGAACAUGUAAUUUUAAUCGAAAAAAGAUUCAUAAUUCUUUUUAGUAUGGUUUUUUAUCUUUGCUCCAGAGUGGUAAUGUGUGAAUGUAUUUUGUCCGUUUCUGAGGGAAUGACAAGGAGACUGUUGACUCCAGUGAAAUCGUACACCUUUUAGGCGUUGGCCCCUUUAGUCAGAGGAACAAUGUAAGCAAGAUUUUCUCCGUUGUAUUGUAGACAUAUAGUCACUGGACGAAUAAUUAAUGUUGACAGAAUUAUUUAAUUGAUUGAGAUAGUCAAUAUUAAAUUUUAUUAUUAAGAAAAUAUUUGUGAAUAUUUUGAUAUUCACAAAUAGGCCCUUGUUAAAGAAAAAUAGUCCUACAUGGAUAAAUACGAGCUUUUUCUUUUCUUAAUCUCAUAAUUCCCAAUUUUGUAAUGUGUAAUUUAGGCCCUACUGCAUAGGCCAGCCUAUUUCCCGUGAGAUCAAAAUACGGUGUGAGAUCAAAUGGGUUUCUCUCUCUUCAACCUUUCAGGAAAAACAAUUUAGGUUAAGAUAUUUUUUUCAGUAUCCAAUUUAAUGCUUUUUUUCCACAUGGAAAACUUUUAGCUAUCCUCUUUUGUUUUACAGUGGAUUGCAUAUCCUCUACGUUUUUUUUUUUUUGCCAGUGAAUAACGGAUCUAUCGGGUUGCAAAUCCCUUACGCCCCAAUUCGACCCGGGAAACAUUUUGUGAGUGAAACAAUUGGAUAUUGGAUUACUAAUAAUAAGUUUGCCUUGACCAUAUCGAAUAAAAUCAUUUGCUGUAGCAACUAUAGCUUGGAAACCAGAGGAUAUAAAUCCAUACAUUCUGUUUGUGCCACUCUGGAGAUGCUUUUGUCUGAAUUGAGGAUAGAAAAGCUAUAUGUCUCUUAUCUCACACUAGCCUCUAUAGCGUUUUGUUUGUUCAUUUAAGACAAUAUAUUUAAGGAAUGAAAGAAAUAAGCCUAGUCUAGCCUUUAUGUCUAAAAUGUCGUCAUUGUUUGCACUUUAAAUAUUGUUCUAAAAUAAAAUCUCAAAGGCUCUGUUUGUGACUGUAAAAUAAUUCAGUUAAAAAUAAAGGCAAUUUAUUAAAACAAUAAUUGUGUGAUCAUCAUACACAUGUAUAUAACAUAUAAUUACACCAUACAUGUUAGUCUAUAUUCAAUUCACUGAAAUACUACAAUCUCAUUGUUCAAUAAUGUAGGGCUUGUGUUCUUUGUAACACCCUCUCACAUUCUAUGAAAUAAAACUUGGUAAAAAUUACUCAUAGGCUUACUGUAAGUACCAAAAAUGUAUAUAUUGUAAUAAUGGUCCCUUUCUCUAAUAGAAUCACUCAUCCUGUAUGCUCACGCCUAUGUUCUCAAGGUAGAUACAGUUUUGUUCCAAGUAUCUAAUCGGCCCUGACUGUCUGAUAAAGUACAGAGAGGCCAAAGUCAGUUAAGGGCCUAUGAUUAUGAUGAUGACGAUGAUUGUUCCAAACAGGUUCUUUAAAAAUAAAACUACACGUCUGAAAGAUAAAGAAUGACAUUGUUGAUCUCGCCAACCUGUUAGUCGGUUGUGAACAAUGCAGUGAUUGUUGCUCUGACCGUCUGUUGAUUUACGUGCUGUCAGUCUGGCCUAUCCAUCUGAUGUGAGUGACUCCCUGUCUAAAUCUGAAGUGAACCAGUUAGAGAAUCAGGGCCAUAUUAACUAAAUAUUUAUAACUCAGUCUGUCUUUUGUGUGUAGCUUAUAAUUAUGCAGAUCCUGGUUUUGACAUAUACUGUAUCCAGCUAUCACGUUACUUUCCUUCAUGACAUUUGUCACUGCACUCCUGCUAACGUCUCUCUCUCUCUCUCUCUCUCUUUUUCUCCGUCUCUUCUCCCUUCUCUGUCUUCCCCUCCCCAGUAAGAGGCCGGUCCUGGUGUUGCAGAAUGAGCCCAGCUAUGGUCAGCGUCGGCCCUACACCAACGAAGACGAGGCGUGGAAGUCGUUCCUGGAGAACCCCCUGACGGCCGCCACCAAGGCAAUGAUGAGCAUCAACGGGGACGAGGACAGCGCCGCCGCCCUGGGCCUGCUCUACGACUACUACAAGGUAACACAGGACCCAGGCUGGUCGAAUACAGGCUGUUACGACUGCUACAAGGUAACACAGGACCCAGGCUGGUCGAAUACAGGCUGGUAUGAGUACAGGACCCAGGCUGGUUGACUACAGGCUGGUACGACUACUAUAAGGUAACACAGGACCCAGGCUGGUCGAAUACAGGCUGGUAUGAGUACAGGACCCAGGCUGGUUGACUACAGGCUGGUACGACUACUACAAGGUGGCCUAAAAAAACAGGAAUCAGUUGAGUCAUUACUGGUACUGGAGCUGUGCUCACCCAUAGGUGUCAUGACACUGUUGAGGUACCACAACAUGCCAAGCCUUAUAGACUAGGCCUGCUACUCUAGUAGCAACACAACCUCUGCAGUUAUUACUGAUACAGGAGGCAUGUUAUUCCCACAGUUAUUACUGAUACAGGAGCCAUGUUCACCCACAGUUAUUACUGAUACAGGAGCCAUGUUCACCCACAGUUAUUACUGAUACAGGAGCCAUGUUAUUCCCACAGUUAUUACUGAUACAGGAGCCAUGUUCACCCACAGUUAUUACUGAUACAGGAGCCAUGUUAUUCCCACAGUUAUUACUGAUACAGGAGCCAUGUUAUUCCCACAGUUAUUACUGAUACAGGAGCCAUGUUAUUUCCACAGUUAUUACUGAUACAGGAGCCAUGUUAUUCCCACAGUUAUUACUGAUACAGGAGCCAUGUUAUUCCCACAGUUAUUACUGAUACAGGAGCCAUGUUAUUCCCACAGUUAUUACUGAUACAGGAGCCAUGCUAUUACUGAUACAGGAGCCAUGUUAUUCCCACAGUUAUUACGACACCAUACCACAACAAUCCGAGCCAUAGAGAUAAACCACGUUGGAGAAACUCAUUGAAGUAAUAGCUGUGAGGUCUUAGUACUAUUGCCUCUUAGUCAUGACUGAAUUAGCUUUACUACCUGCAUCUGUGAAGCAGCAACAACUAAUAGAGUUGUCUAUGUACACUACCGGUCAAAAGUUUUAGAACACCUACUCAUUCAAGGGUUUUGCUUUAUUUUUACUAUUUUCGACAUUGUAGAAUAAUAGUGAAGACAUCAGAACUACGAAAUAACACAUAUGGAAUCAUGUAGUAACCAAAAAAGUGCUUCAAAUAGCCACCAUUUGCCUUGAUGACAGCUUUGCACACUCUUGGCAUUCUCUCAACCAGCUUCAUGAGGUAGUCACCUGGAAUGCAUUUCAAUUAACAGGUGUGCCUUCUUAAAAGUUAAUUUGUGGAAAUUUCUUUCCUUCUUAAUACAUUUGAGCCAAUCAGUUGUGUUGUGACAAGGUAGGGGAGGGUAUAUAGAAGAUGGCCCUAUUUGGUAAAAUACCAAGUCCAUAUUAUGGCAAGAACAGCUCAAAUAAGCAAAGAGAAACGACAGUCCAUCAUUACUUUAAUACAUGAAGGUCAGUCAAUACGGAAAAUUACAAUAACUUUUUAAGUUUCUUAAAGUGCAGUCGCAAAAAUCAUCAAGCGCUAUGAUGAAACUGGCUCUCAUGAGGACCGCCACAGGAAUGGAAGACCCAGAGUUACCUCUGCUGCAGAGGAUAAGUUCAUUGGAGUUACCAGCCUCAGAAAUUGCAUCCCAAAUAAAUGCUUCACAGAGUUCAAGUAACAGACACAUCUCAACAUCAACUGUUCAGAGGGGAGUGUAUGAAUCAGGCCUUCAUGGUCGAAUUGCUGCAAAGAAACCACUAAUUAAGGACACCAAUAAGAAGAAGAGAGACUUGCUUGGGCCAAGAAACACGAGCAAUGGAAAUUUGACCGGUGGAAAUGUGUCCUUUGGUCUGGAGUCCAAAUUGAAGAUUUUUGGUUCCAACCGCCGUAUCUUUGGGAGAUGUUGUGUGGGUGAACGGAUGACCUCCGCAUGUGUAGUUCCCAUCGUAAAGCAUGGAGGAGGAGGUGUUAUGGUGUGGGGGUGCUUUGCUGGUGACACUCUCUGUGAUUUAUUUAGAAUUCAAGGCACACUUAACCAGCAUGGCUACCACAGCAUUCUGCAGCGAUAGCCCAUCCCAUCUGGUUUGCGCUUAGUGGGACUAUAAUUUGUUUUUCAAUAGCACAAUGACCAAACACACCUCCAGGCUGUGUAAGGGCUAUUUUACCAAGAAGGAGAGUGAUGGAGUGCUGCAUCAGAUGACCUGGCCUCCACAAUCCCCCAACCUCAACCAAAUUGAGAUGGUUUGGGAUGAGUCGGACGGCAGAGUGAAGGAAAAGCAGCCAACAAGUGCUCAAGCAUUCCAGGUGAAGCUGGUUUAGAGAAUGCCAAGAGUGUGCAAAGCUGUCAUCAAGGCAAAGGGUGACUAUUUGAAGAAUCUCAAAUAUAAAAUAUAUUUGGAUUUGUUGAACAAUUUUUUGGUCACUACAUGAUUCCAUAUGUGUUAUUUCAUUGUUUUGAUGUCUUCACUAUUAUUCUACAAUGUAGAACAUAGUAAAAAUAAAGAAAAACCCUUGAAUGAGUAGGUGUUCUAAAACUUUUGACCGGUAGUGUAGACAUGGUUCUAUUGGAUGUGGUCAGAAUCACAGCGGCUGUGUUUACCUUCCCAUGCAGGUGCCCAGAGAGACGAGAACAAUAUCCCAGACCAAGACAGAGUCAAUGGGCUCUGAUGUGGAUCCCAACAAAAGGUCCAUGUAGGUAUAACAUCCCUUUACAAACCACUGGGGAGGGCAGAUUACACCACACCACACCUCACCUCGCCUCACCUCACCACACCACACCUCACCUUGCCUCACUACACCACACCUCACUACACCUCACCACACCUCACCACACCGUCUAUGUUUGGUCCUUGUGAUAUUUCAUCAUAAACUGACAUUUUACCCACCGUGUUUAUUUUUAUUUUUUUCAGGCACUUGAUGGCCCCCUUGCAGGAAGCUUCCAUGGCAUCAGCAGAGAGCAGGAUCCAGUUCAUGAAGGGCCCCAUCAACAUCCUGCUGCCCAACCAGCUGCCUGGCCAGGACAACAAGAGAGGGGUCCUUAUCCCCUCCCCGGACACCACUGUCACCGUCUCUAUCGCCGCCGUCCCCAACUACCCCAACGUCAAGAUGGAGGUGCCCUCCCAUAGCUUCUCUGUCAUGGUGCCCUACCACCGAGCCGAGAGCGACAGCCACACGGCGGAUUUCGCCAGACAGCUCACACACAGCCAGUUCAGCCCUAGCACCCAGCCUCGUACCCCCGACUCCACCUUCCCAGAGACCUACAAGGAUGGUUCCCAAGAGGUGUGGACACAACAACAGGGAUCCAAUAGCCUCUUCUCUAGUCUAAAACCCCCACCACCCUCCUCCACACCCCCACUCUCAGAUCUCUCUCUCCCGUCAGACAAUACCCCUUUCACCUGAGCCUCUGGAGCUUAUAACAGUGGGUCUCAGCCCUCCCUGUUUUUAUUUGAACAUUCCAAAAUAGCAGACCAGCGUGUUAUUAUGCCAUUGUCUAGCUCACACAAUAAAGUGCUGUACUAUUUCCCACCUACAAUAGCCCAGGCCUUUCUCUCUCUCUCUCCAUUUAACCUGGAGGGGGAUUACCUUGGAAAGGGAUAACCCAACACAACCCCCUUCACACAGGGAGCAGAGGAAGGAGCGAGGGAAGGAGAGAAGGAGGGAAGGAUGAGAAGUGGUUUGUUUCCACUUCAGAGAGGGAGCGAGAGAGUGUAACAGAGAAAAAGAAUGGUAAAGAUGCAGCGAGAGAGUGUAAGAAAGAGAGAAACACUAAGAGCGAGAGAGAGAGGGCUCCCUUUACUCCCUGUAACCUCUGAGAGCGCUAGCUACAACCCUCAUCAUGGAUGCUUGUCUAAAUCCAGCCCCUCUCUCCUCUUUAUCUGUCCUCUUUCUCUGUCCUCUUUCUCUGUCCUCUUUGUGUGCCACAGGUGUUCUCCUUCCCAGGGGAUCUCCAGUUACGCAUGGCCUCCAUCUCGGCAGAGGAAUACAGCGUGUUUGACACCGUGCCGGGGUAAGCCCUCCAGCCUGGCGGCCGCCCGCUGUCGCUUGCACACCGCCAUUCAGCCCCUGAUAGGAGAUUCCAGAGAAUAACCUUAUUCACUACAGUCACCUGGGGGUCAGCAGAUUCCCUCAGUUUAAAAGCUACAAUGCCAAACAUAAUGUUAUCAGGGACUCAGUGACACUAUGAGGAUUUUGGGUCAUAAUCAAACCAAUGGGAAGGGACUGAUGAGGGUGGUCCUAUUCAAGGGGUGACAUUUGCAAUGUAUUUUAGAGGUGGAAAAUAUAUAUCGACAAGAAUAUCAAUAUUUACAUACAGUAUAUUCAUAGAUACUGAAAACAUGUAUAGAUAGAUUGUUUAGAAUAAAGAUAUAUACCAGAUAAACACCAGCUGAAUACUAGAUACAUAACUGUAUUAAUGUCUAGGCCUACUCUUUCCCUAGCCUGAAAUCCAGACCUGUUUUGUGCCAAACAUAUGACACGGAGUACAAGGAGUGGAAUGUCAGCACAAAGCAGGUCUGGAUUUCAGGCUUUCCCUAAAGGAAAAUACAAAUGUAGCCUACUAUAGUUUUGUCACUAUUUAUUUCCCGAUUAGGAAUAAUUUUCAGUACACCCUGGAGGCGUCCAAGUCGCUGCGUCAGAAGACAGGUGACGGUACCAUGACGUACCUGAACAAGGGCCAGUUCUACCCCAUCAGCCUCAGGGAGAUGGACAACAGCAAGCUGCACCACCCCAUCAGCAAAGUCAGGGUAAGACCACACCACCAAGCUAGCUAGUUGUUCUACAGUAGUUCAUGGUCAAUAACAGAACUUAGAUUGGUCCUUGUCUGUGUGCAGAUCAUUUGGCUAGGUCUCUCAUGUAAAAUAUAUCUCAGGUAAAUAUUUUGACAGAAUAAACAGAGAAAUCUUAGGCUAGUUGGUAGCUAUUAUGCUAAUAGUAGCUAAUGUACUAACAAGUAGGAGCUUGUUAAGUAGAAUGUGUCAGUUAAGCUAGCACGAUUGAUGUCCCUUGGGAUUGUGUGCACCAUUUCAGAGUGUGGUGAUGGUGGUGUUCGGAGAGGAGAAGAGCAGAGAUGACCAGCUGAAGCACUGGAAGUACUGGCACUCCAGACAGCACACAGCCAAACAGAGGUGUCUUGAUAUCGGUAAGAGCCCAUGCUACUGAAGCCUACAUGGAACACUAGUCCUCACAAACUCUUGAAGGAGACAUUAAAGGCCUAAUUUACUGUGCGAAGCACAAUUUAGUACACGUUUUCAACUGUUAUUAUCUAAAGUGAGGGAAGACAAAAAAAACUGGCUAAACAUUAAUUACUUUACCCUUUAAGAUUGAUCAUGAACCUUAAAUGUUUUAUUACCUCUAGGAAAUAACGGGUGCAAACUUCACAUUACAAACGCUUAUUAAAUCAGGCCAUAGUUUUUAUGUCACAUAAAGUCACCAGAAGUCCUGCCAGAAUGGUGACGAAUGCAGUUCAUCAUAUUUACCUGACACUCUUCUUACCAUACCAUCCUGCACUGUCACGAGUCACUGUUGUUCCCUGAGUUUUUGUGCAACAAUCACCCUCCAUUUCCUCCCCCCUGUCACAUGCUGUCUCUGUCUCAGCGCAAGUCUCAUGACCUGGAAGGAGAAGCAGCCAGCUAGCCAAGGAGCCAGACAGGCAGACAGACCCACCCAAUGAGCCAAAAUCUCUAUGCCACCUUAAAUAAAUAACUUAGUAGGAGAUCUACGAUGAUCAGGUCCCCCUUGUCCAUAUACUCCUAUUCAUGAUAUAAAAGGAAAAACUGAUCCUGGUUCUGAUUGGUUGAAUCUUAACAAACCUCUUUAUAACAAUACACCUGAUUGGAUGAAGGAGGGUGAGAAUGUGGGUGGAUAUGGGACAAGGCCAGUAGUCAUCUCUACUGCCUCUGAUCUGGCGGACUCUAAACACAAAUGCUUAGUUUGUAAAUGAUGUGUGAGUGUUGGAGUGUGCCCCUGACUAUCCGUAAAUGAUGUGUGAGUGUUGGAGUGUGCCCCUGACUAUCCGUAAAUGAUGUGUGAGUUUUGGAGUGUGCCCCUGACUAUCCGUAAAUGAUGUGUGAGUGUUGGAGUGUGCCCCUGACUAUCCGUAAAUGUGCUGUCUGGUUUGUUUAGUAUAAAGAAUAUUUUAGCAAUUACUUUACUUUUGAUACUUAAGUAGAUUUAAAACCAAAUACUUUUAGACUUUUACUCAAGUAGUAUUUCACUGGGUGACUUUCACUUUUACUUGAGUCAUUUUCUAUUAAGGUAUCUUUACUUUUACUCAAGUAUGACAAUUGGGUACUUUUUCCACCACUGCCUAUUUGUUAAUGAUACCUGUGUCAACUGAGCUCCAUGGUGGCUCCCUAUUGGGACAAUACAGCAGCUUAAUUCUCUGGAGGUAGACUGAUCAAUCUUACUCUGCACGCACACACUGUGAAAGGUGAACUCAGUUCUGCUUGACGGAGGAAAGUGUAUUGUCUCACUUGCAGUCUGACUUUGAUGGAAGGACUGUGGGAGAAAGGUGAGCGUUGAGACAACCUGCUUGCUUUCGAUUAAAGUAGUCAGUCAGCAACGUAGAGGUGCCCUACUAAAACAGUGUGGUUUCUGGCAUAGGGCUAUAGGCCUAAUAAGGGAAUUUGAUGGGAUUGGUCAGAAGUUUGGAGACAAGCACCUCAAUUUCCGAAAAAAUGGCAGAGUGAAAAUGUUUCUGAAGGAUUAGACUUGGUAGUACAAUAACGCAAGACUACGAGACCAAUACCACAGAGCAUGCUUUUUUAGCCACACCUUUGAGGACAAAAAGCUUGUUUGUUUAUCAAACAACUAAGAUGUGGGAUGGGACCUCACCAGGGUGGGAGCACAUUCUCAAUGGUUGUAUCUAAUACAAGCUAUUGAUCUUCACUUAAUUCUUAUGCAAGGCUCCUAAGACCUUUGAUUCAGCCCAGUCAUAAUAAUAAUAAUAAGAAGAAUAAGUAGAAGAAGAAGAUGAAAAUAACCUUCCACCUCUCCAUACUUCAACUUAGUUUCAUAACUUAGCCACCGCCGCGCUUAUCUUAGCAGCCUCUUCAUUGAGCUUCUUAUGUCAGUGCUAACUGUACUAACAGUCCAUUAUGUGUUCCAUGGUUCCCAGCUGACUACAAGGAGAGCUUCAACACAAUCAGCAACAUUGAGGAGAUCUCCUACAACGCCGUCUCAUUCACCUGGGACAUCAAUGAGGAGGCUAAGGUGAGGUAUAGGAAACAUACCUUUUGGUAUGAGGAAUCAGAGAAAAAAGGUGAAGGGAGAUGGAAAGAUAGUUGUAAACCUAAUUGUUUUUCCCUACAACACAUGAUUGGGACGAUGAUGCCAAGUGUUUCUGAAGGAUUAGGUGUAUCUGAUCACAACUUCCUCAUCUUAAAAUGAACCAUAAACAUUCUGUGUGAAUGCGACUGAAGACUCUUCCAAAAAUAGACUGCCUUCCCUUGCUCUGAAGGUUAGGAUGUGUUUUGGCCAUCACAGCAAAGGUGUCAGGUGAUGCAAACCAAUUUGUCAGCAAGCGAUCGUCACACGCUUUGUCCUUUGUUUUCUUCUAAAUGCCCAUUAUGGAAAGUGGUCCUUCGAGUUUUGAUCGAAGAAUAAAGGCAUUUAUUGUCCCAGUGUUUUGGGUCCUUUGGUUGCGUAGAGACCAUAGAGACAGGUCGGCGGCAGUGAACAGGUACAUACGUAGGUGUUUGUCUGCCGUCGAGGCCACAUUCUUGAUUCAUUCUACGUCACCCCAAUUGUUGAGCUACAGUGAUGCACGUACAAGGGAGGCCUAAGGAGCUAAGACUUGCCUAACAAUUGGAAUGAGGAAACGCGGUAGGGGGGCAGAACUGGAUUUGACAGCUAGCGAUGGAAUCCUGUCCGACCGGGUACGAGGUGACAGACAAAAUCCACCGUCCCUGACCAGUUUGUUGGGUUGUGAGGGAUGGCGUCAACAGACAAUCUCACAGACGCUUUAGCUAGCGCUUUGUGUUCAUGUGGUGCUAUGACACUGCUACUGUUGACUGUUCUACUGUUAGCCUGGGAUGCUAACACAAACAGACUAACAGAUAGACAGGCAGACAGGACGGUGCCACAGUUAAUCUAUCCCUUCAAUCUCCUUGCUCUUUGGUUGUCUUCACUGAGGGAGACACACACACAUAUAACCAGGGUGUGGAUCUUCUCAUCUCAUGACCUGAGGCCUGUGUCCAUAGGAUAAAGGACGUCCAUCUUUGUGUUUGUACUGUGUAUAAUCACCUGUGUGUAUGCACCGUCUGUUUGUUAGAACCACAGAUGAGUCAGGUGUAAGGUGUCACGCUAAGGAUGUUUGUGUGUGUGUGUGUGAAAUAUGCUUCACCUCCUCUUGCUGUACCCCCUGAUGAUUGAAUAACUUAGGCACACACAGUUUAGUCGGAAGGCAGAAAUGAAACAAGUCAGAGUAGGAGCAGCCUUUCGCAAAUGUUGACACGAUUUGGGCUUCUUGACAGAACACUCUGCUAUGAUCAUGAGAAUGGAGCAUUACACGAUGAGAUCAUCUUUACUGAAGAUGAGCAAUUGCAAAAACGUUGAAAUGGAACAUAACUGUAUAGCUCAUGAGACUAUGUUGCGCCAUACAUGACUUUACAUGAAGUUAGCCACAUAGCCUGCUGGUUACCCAAAGUGGUAAGUAACUAUUUGAUUAAACCAAGGAUCUAAUUUAGAAAACUAGUUAGAUUCUGCUUAAAAUGAACAGCAAAAACUAGUUACUGAAUAGUUACUAUGUGACUAUACCAAUAAAUUAACAGUUCAGUCUAACUACAUGAAAUCUGUGCAACUUGCAGUAAAGGUUUUUCAGUAUUUUUUUAUUUUUUUUAGUGGUUAUAAUAUUAAGUAAGCAUAUUUAAAUAGUUUUUUCUCUAGAAAGCGAUGUAUUGAAAUAGCUUUCUGGAACCUUGUUUUAGUGGUUGGCAGUAGAACCAAGAGUCAACAUGUAAUUACCACUGUCUGCCAAAAGAGGGAGACACACACCAGUUCAGUGAAGACAGCAUGUACAUUAACAAGGAACCAGACAAAGAGAUCUUUUUGCUCCUGAGAAUUCAGUGGGAGUGGAACCAGUGGGAAUGCUCUUGAAUAAAUAUUAUCUAAUUUAUUGUGCAUGGAACAUCAGUCAAUGACAAAGAAUAGAAUCAACAUUUUCCCAAUGUUGCAUAUAUAUAUACAGUGGGGAAAAAAAGUAUUUAGUCAGCCACCAAUUGUGCAAGUUGUCCCACUUAAAAAAGAUGAGAGACGCCUGUAAUUUUCAUCAUAGGUACACGUCAACUAUGACAGACAAAAUGAGAUUUUUUUUCCAGAAAAUCACAUUGGAGGAUUUGUAAUGAAUUUAUUUGCAAAUUAUGGUGGAAAAUAAGUAUUUGGUCAAUAACAAAAGUUUCUCAAUACUUUGUUAUAUACCCUUUGUUGGCAAUGACACAGGUCAAACGUUUUCUGUAAGUCUUCACAAGGUUUUCACACACUGUUGAUGGUAUUUUGGCCCAUUCCUCCAUGCAGAUCUCCUCUAGAGCAGUGAUGUUUUGGGGCUGUCGCUGGGCAACACGGACUUUCAACUCCCUCCAAAGAUUUUCUAUGGGGUUGAGAUCUGGAGACUGGCUAGGCCACUCCAGGACCUUGAAAUGCUUCUUACAAAGCCACUCCUUCGUUGCCCGGGCGGUGUGUUUGGGAUCAUUGUCAUGCUGAAAGACCCAGCUACGUUUCAUCUUCAAUGCCUUUGCUGAUGGAAGGAGGUUUUCACUCAAAAUCUCACGAUACAUGGCCCCAUUCAUUCUUUCCUUUACACGGAUCAGUCGGCUGGUCCCUUUGCAGAAAAACAGCCCCAAAGCAUGAUGUUUCCACCCCCAUGCUUCACAGUAGGUAUGGUGUUCUUUGGAUGCAACUCAGCAUUCUUUGUCCUCCAAACACGACGAGUUGAGUUUUUACCAAAAAGUUCUAUUUUGGUUUCAUCUGACCAUAUGACAUUCUCCCAAUCCUCUUCUGGAUCAUCCAAAUGCACUCUAGCAAACUUCAGACGGGCCUGGACAUGUACUGGCUUAAGCAGGGGGACACGUCUGGCACUGCAGGAUUUGAGUCCCUGGCGGCGUAGUGUGUUACUGAUGGUAGGCUUUGUUACUUUGGUCCCAGCUCUCUGCAGGUCAUUCACUGGUCCUCCCGUGUGGUUCUGGGAUUUUUGCUCACCGUUCUUGUGAUCAUUUUGACCCCACGGGGUGAGAUCUUGCGUGGAGCCCCAGAUCGAGGGAGAUUAUCAGUGGUCUUGUAUGUCUUCCAUUUCCUAAUAAUUGCUCCCACAGUGGAUUUCUUCAAACCAAGCUGCUUACCUAUUGCUGAUUCAGUCUUCCCAACCUGGUGCAGGUCUACAAUUUUGUUUCUGGUGUCCUUUGACAGCUCUUUGGUCAUGGCCAUAGUGGAGUUUGGAGUGUGACUGUUUGAGGUUGUGGACAGGUGUCUUUUAUACUGAUAACAAGUUCAAACAGGUGCCAUUAAUACAGGUAACGAGUGGAGGACAGAGGAGCCUCUUAAAGAAGAAGUUACAGGUCUGUGAGAGCCAGAAAUCUUGCUUGUUUGUCGGUGACCAAAUACUUAUUUUCCACCAUAAUUUGCAAAUAAAUUCAUUAAAUAUCCUACAAUGUGAUUUUCUGGAUUUUUUUCCUCAAUUUAUCUGUCAUAGUUGACGUGUACCUAUGAUGAAAAUUACAGGCCUCUCUCAUCUUUUUAAGUGGGAGAACUUGCACAAUUGGUGGCUGACUAAAUACUUUUUUUCCCCACUGUAUAUAUACUGUGUAUAUGUAAUCUAUCUAAUCUAUCUAUCUAAUCUGUCUCCAGAAUAUAUAAACAGGGUGUAUGCCUUAAGUGUAAGAUACCUUACAUUGUGCACAAUCACUAUAGUGUUUAACAUAGAGGCAAUGGAACCCAUCUUUUUGUCUAUAUAUCCUCCCUUCUGUCCACCCCCAUCCUCCUAUGAGCCAGUCAGGAACCACCUCAUAUGUAAUUCAGUGUAAUUGCAAUUUGCAUGGUAUGUGUUGCUAUGCACGGUUUUAAUGUACCUGAAUUACUCCACAAACAAAAUUCAAAAAACAACAUCAUAAAUCUUGCUCCUCCUCUUCUGCCUUCAUCAUCCUCUUCCUCAUUUUCCUCCUCCUCAGAUCUUCAUCUCGGUCAACUGUCUGAGCACAGACUUCUCCUCCCAGAAGGGUGUAAAGGGCCUGCCCCUGAACCUGCAGAUAGACACCUACAGCUACAACAACCGCAGCAACAAGCCCAUCCACCGGGCCUUCUGCCAGAUCAAGGUGUUUUGUGACAAGGGAGCUGAGAGGAAAAUCAGAGACGAGGAGAAGAAACAGUCCCGUAGGAAGGGCAAGUGCACCGACCUCAACACCAGUCUGGGUUCAUGUGAGUGUCCACUGAGCACAGACACACAGACAUGGACAUACUCACAGAGGGGCAAGGACGCACGUACACACACACACACACACACACACAGUCAAAACAUGCGUAUACGUGCACAUAUUAUGCUCAUGACACAAUUAUAUUUUUUGUGAUCACACACAAUAAUAUUAUCUAUUCUUGCAAUGAUACACACCAACAAGUCUAAUUAUUUGUCAUUUUUGCCCCUCCAUAGAUGUGGACGUUAAAGUCCCUCUCCUUCAGAAGCAUAAUGAUGUCACAACCUUUAAGAUGAUGAUUGACUUUGAGACCCAGCCGGUUCUCUUUAUCCCUGACAUCCACUUCUCCAUCGUCCAGCGCCAUGUGAGUACCAAGCCCCUAAACACUGAUCUGUGGUCAGUUUAGCAUUUUACCCUCUAAAGGUUAAGGUUAGGAUUGGGGGAGGGUAAGCUGAUCCUAGAUCUGUGCCUAAGGGCAACUUCUAUCCGGCCUUGACAGGGUCAGCAUUCUGGGCCAGGUCACAGAAGACAGGGUUAUGCAGCGUAUAGCUACCACAUAAAUCAUAUUAAUCAACGGUACCGGUGACAUUCAAACUGAUAUAAAAUAAAUCUGUUUGGUUUUCCUGGUAUAGUGUAGGUGUGGUGAUAAGGCUGUUAUCAGAUUCAUUGGAACAAAAUGAUAAACCCCAACCCUUUUUUGAGUGGAUUCCGCAAAAUAAAUUUAAAAAGAGAAUUGUCCAUUGUUUUGAUCUACGUAUAGUUGCACAAGUGGACCACAACAGCCAUGCAUUUAGAUAACAUAGUAGUUAUACCUACUAAGAUAAUAUACAGUACUUGGUGCAGAUUCAAUCAUGCAAACCUUAUCAAAGGGCAUUUGAAUGCAACUCCAACCAGCCUCUGACUACCAAAGCAUCCAGUCCACCCCCUCCAUGUCUCUUUCAGACUUCUAAAGAGCCACUCAUUCUGACAGUCCUUCACUAAAUACCAGGAGUUAUUUAGUGGGUGGAUAUCCCCUAAGGCUAUUUUACUUUAGGGUGUAGGGGCUUUUGCCUAUUGUUAAUAGAUGAGUUAGUGACCAAACCCUAGUGUUUGAAGUCUAAGCCCUAAACACCAUUGAUGUCCAAUGAUUUUGAGAGGAUCCGCAGUGCAUUAUGUACGAUCAGAGUUAAGAAAUGUCCUAAAUGUUCCCAAAAAUUCCCAGGUUUUCCAGAAAUCCUGGUUGAAAUUACAGAAGUUUAUUUUGGAACCCUACAUAGGGGGAUGUGUUAUGUCUAUGCCAUGUUAUAGCCCUGUAUAGCCAGCCCAGCACUCCUCAUAACAGUCAUUCCUCCAGCUGGUUGGGCCAAGGUGGCAGUCUGAAGACGGGUUCCAGGCACCACACUCUGGCGGUCGCCGCUCGGAGAGUGGUAUUCUCUGGGAUGUAUAUAUGAUCACCAUGGACAAGCAGCUAUUUCUGUUUUUAAGAGCCUAUUAGAAAGAACAGAGUAGUCGCCUAGUGCCUGGCCAAUGUCAUUGUCACUUUGUCAGAGGGUUUGUCCCAAAUGGCACACUAUUUACUAUGUAGUGUAGUACACUACUGUUGACCAUUGCCGUAUGGGCCUUAGUCAAAAGUAGUGCAUCUAUUUCAUAUAUAGUGCACUACUUUUGACCAGGACUAAAAAGUUGUGCACUAUAUAGGGAAUAGGGUGCCAUUUGGGACGCAGCCAUAGAGUUUGUUUUGGUUGACUAAUACGGUAAGAUGUGGGUCACAUCUCAUGUGGUUCCCGGCUGGUAAACAGUUUCAACUCCUACUCAGGACAAGGUGCAGGUCAAGGUGACUAAAACACACAGUGUAGACCUACCUGUUGGCCAGGACACUGUAGUCCUGUAAUUUCAUUGGUUGGUUAUUUUUUAUUUAAUUAACUAGGCAAGUCAGUUAAGAACAAAUUCUUAUUUACAUUGACAGCCUACACCGGCCAAACCCGGACAACGCUGGGCCAAUUGUGCGCGGCCCUAUGGGACUCCCAAUCACGGCCAGUUGUGAUACAGCCUGGAAUCGAACCAGGGGGUCUGUAGUGACGCCUCAAGCACUGAGAUGCAGUGCCUUAGACCGCUGCGCCACUCGGGAGGUUAUAUAACCGGGGAGGUUAUAUAACCGGGGAGGUUCCAGUGCCAUCUGAUAGGUGGAGAUGGCCUUGGGAGAGAUCCCAAGGUUUAUAGGUGUGCGAGCCAAAUGAUCUUACAUGGUGCUUCAAAACAUGUUUGGAAUCACUCUCGUAUGCAUGCAUAUCUCAUCAUUUCUAUAUAAUUGAUUAUGGAAGCCCAGUGGUUUCUUAAUAAGGAACCUAAUGCAGUAUGUCUAGAGUAGACUGCACCUGUUGCACUUGUAAGGGUAGUGUAGCGCUGUCUGUCUACGUGUGGUAUGUCAGGUCUCUCUCUUCAUUACUCAUUGGCACUAGCAGUGUUCCUAGCCACCCCUGGACUCUGAACCCUCCUUGGCCUAGCAGUGUGACAUCACAUGGCCCUAUGGGUGGUUGCAGGAAGCCUAGAGUGAACCAUUUUCCCUAGACUUGGAAGAUGGGCAGACAGUGUUGUUUUGAUUAAUCCCUGUGGCUCUGUAGAAAGUGAACUUUGACUGCCCCCUGUUGGCCACAGUGGCACCAGGGUCUGUUCAUUAGGUUUACAUGUUUGAAAAUAUUAUUGCAACAGAAAACUAAAAUGAGUGUCCAGGUAGUCCCUCCCUGUUUCAGUCCGUUUGGUGCCUAAUGAACCUGACCCAGCUGAGCCCACUGAGGUCUCUGGUUUCUGGGCCACAUGGCGUUGCUGACCUGCAGGGUGGACUGAGCUCAAAAUAAACCUUUGCUGUUUACCAUUCUGAUCCAGCCUGGAAGGAAAACAUUUAUUUUGACACACAAUUGGCAGAAAAUGGCAACCCAGUGAAUCAGUUAGUGAUUAGCAUGGGGACUUGGUUUCCUCUGAGAAUAGACUAUUGAUUUGGUCUGGUCCAGGUGGUUAGUGCGCGCUCCUCAACUACAUAGUGGAGUAGUAUACACUAACAACAUGAUUAUACAUACCACAAUUCCUCCUAAAAUAUGGAUACUGCUUAGUUACACACGACUGCACUCUGUUACCUGUGAAUGUGUUUAGCAUUGAUGAGACAAUUAACGUAUGGAAAUCAGGUCAGAAGGCUAGUGGGCCAAUUAAAUGUAUCCUUCUAACCAGGUUGCACUCAUCUUGUGCUGCAUGAAUGGCCUUCUUUAGGAUUUAUGAACCGAAAGUGUUACUCAAAAUAAUCUGAACUGCAUAUUACAGUAAUAAAUUAAAGCAUACUCUCAUGUUCAGGGAAAAUAUUUAAAUCAUAUCCAAAACACUGUCAUCAGUUUUGAUUCAAGAGGUCUCUUAGGAUUGUUGACACGGCCCACGAAGUCCAAUAGACCUAUUCCGUAUUAGAUUAAAUGACCUCUUUCAGAUGUAUGACUGUCUUUUCACCCUUGACCCAUUUUAUUCCCUUCCCUCUUUCUCUAUUCUCUCUCUUUCUCCAUGCAGCCCUUCUCACAAGAAGAUGGAGAGGAAAGGUGAGUUCCUGGAAACAUUGAUUUCACGCUAAUUGGUUUUCUUGGACAAGUAGAUGGAAAAUGGCUGGAGUAAAUAAAGUAUGGCCACUUAUAUGGUUGCUGUUGGACCGAGACAACCUUUAGCUCUUCCAGUUUCAACCUUUAGCUCUUCCAGUUUCAACCUUUAGCUCUUCCAGUUUCAACCUUUAGCUCUUCCAGUUUCAACCUUUAGCUCUUCCUGUUUCAACCUUUAGCUCUUCCAGUUUCAACCUUUAGCUCUUCCAGUUUCAACCUUUAGCUCUUCCAGUUUCAACCUUUAGCUCUUCCUGUUUCAACCUUUAGCUCUUCCAGUUUCAACCUUUAGCUCUUCCAGUUUCAACCUUUAGCUCUUCCUGUUUCAACCUUUAGCUCUUCCUGUUUCAACCUUUAGCUCUUCCUGUUUCAACCUUUAGCUCUUCCAGUUUCAACCUUUAGCUCCACCAGUGAAAGCCCCGUUUCACGUGAAGCUUCUAAACUUCUAGGAAAGACGCUGAGAGUUGUUUGUGUCAUGCUCUAUUAUGUAGUUGUUAGGGUGGUUGUUAGGGUUGUUGUUAGGGUGGUUGUUAGGGUUGUUGUUAGGGUUGUUAAGGCCUUCCUGCUAUUUCUCUGGGAGAGGGCCUCACAGGCGUAACAGGAGUGUAUGCGUGUGCGUGCGCAUGCGUGAGUGUGUAUGUGUGCAUAAGCGCUCUAAACCAACCUGUCAUGUGUGUCCGUUGCAGUUCGGGCAUGAAGAGAUCGCUCUACGCCCAGGAUGAGUUUGGUUCACCUUCCAAUAAGCUGGCUAGAAUGGACAAGCCCAAGAAAGGUGUGUGUGCCUGCCCACCAAUGCACUGUGUAUACACUACUGAUAAGGUCACUGUUUAUCACGAAACCAGAGAGGGAGGAGUGUGUGUGUGUGUUAUGGCUUGCCUUGAAGGCCACCAAUACCCCAACACACACACACACACACACACACACCUUGCCCAUAGAUGUGAGGCACGUGAUUCCAUAUUUACCCAGCCCCUGAAAACACGUGCCGCAUCCCCCCUCCCCCAGUGAAUAACACAAUAUCAUUGUUCAUUCUCACCUCUCUCACACAAUUCACACACAAGGACACGCUCUUCAUCCUUCAUCAGCAUAUGAACACACAUGAACACACAUGCAAACACACACACACACACACUCAGAGAGCUGGGCAGUAUUUCUGUUAAAUGUAUUUGAAAUGUGUAUUUCAACUACCUUUGACUAUUUUGUAAUUUAUAUUUCAUUUGCCUACUACAAUCCAAUUUUCAAAAUACAAAAAACAUUCCUAUACUUUUUUUUAUAGUGGUUCACAAUUUUGUAGCCCCUUUUUAGUCUGCAUUGUUAUCAGAAGUCUGAUGACACUAUAGUGUCAUCAGGGCUAAUUGCUAAUGUAGUUUUGUAUUUUUAAAUACAAAAUACAUGUAUUUUAAAGAGACUCUCUGGUACUUUUGUAUACUUUUUAGCCAGUAGUUCUGAAAGUAGCGUCUACGUGCCAAAAAUGUUCCCCGAAAAUUGCACAUACAGUGAGCUCCAAAAGUAUUGGGAGAGUGAACCAUUUUUUUUUGUUUUGGCUCUGUACUCCAGCACUAUGGAUUUGAAAUGAUACAAUGAUUUUGAAGUUAGUGCAAACUGUCAUCUUUAAUUUGAGGGCAUUUCCAUCCAUAUCGGGUGAACAGUUUAGAAAUUACAGCACUUUUUGUACAUAACCCCCAUUUUUUUAGGACCAAAAGUAUUGGGACAAAUUCACUUAUGUGUAUUAAAGUUGUCAAAAGUCUAGUAUUUGGCCCCAUAUUCAUAGCACGCAAUGCUUACAUCAAGCUUGUGACUCUACAAACAUUGUUGGAUGCAUUUGCUGUUUGUUUUGGUUGUGUUUCAGAUUAUUUUGUAAUAAAUAACCUACAAUUUCCAUUCUCAAAGCAUUAAUGAAACCUCUUAGGAAAACUUUCAAGGAACCUCUCAGAACCUCCCUGCAACCUAAAAAUAAAUGUUCCCAGAACAGGCAACAUUUUCACUUCUGUUUUCAGAAUGUUUAAAAAACGUAUGGCUUCGUUCCCACAAUCAAUGUCAAACCAACAACAUACUAUCCCACAACUUCCAAGGAACCAAAUCAAAUUAUAUUUGUCACAUGCGCCGAAUACAACAGGUGUAGACUUUACCAUGAAAAUAAAAAAUUAAAUAGUAAUAAAAUAACGAGACUAUAUACAAGGAGUACCGGUACCAAGUAAAUGUGGGCACGAGAUAGUUGAGGUAGUAUGUACAUGUAUACUGAAGAAAAAUAUAAACGCAACAUGUAAAGUGUUGGUUCCAUGUUUCAUGAACUGAAAUAAAAGAUCCCAGAAAUGUUCCAUAUGCACAAAAAGCUGAUUAAACAACAUGAUCAUUACACAGGUGCACCUUGUACUGUGGACAAUAAAAGGCCAUUCUAAAAUGUGCAGUUUUGUCACACAAAUCAAUACCACAGAUGUCUCAAGUUUUGAGGGAGUGUGCAAUUGGCAUGCUGACUGCAAGAAUGUCCACCAGAGCAGUUGCCAGAGAAUGUAAUGUUUAUUUCUCUACCACAAGCCGCCUCAAGAGAAUUUGGCUGUACGUCCAACCGGCCUCACAACUGCAGACCACUUGUAACCACGCCAGCCCAGGACCUCCACAUCCGGCUUCUUCACCUGCGGGAUGGUCUGAGACAAGCCAUCCGGACAGCUGAUGAAAAUCUGGAUUUGCACAACUGAAGAAUGUCUGCACAUAUUAUCAGAAACUGUCUCAGGGAAGCUCAUCUCCGUUCUCGUCAUCCUCACAAGGGUCUUGACCUGACUGCAGUUCGGCGUCGUAACCGACUUCAGUGGACAAAUGCUCACCUUCGAUGGCUACUGGCACGCUGGAGAAAUGUGCUUUUCACGGAUUAAUCCCGGUUUCAACUGUACCGGGCAGAUGGCAGACCGUGUGUAUGACGUUGUGUGGGCGAGCGGUUUGCUGAUGUCAACGUUGUGAACAGAGUGCCCCAUGGUGGCGGUGGGGUUAUGGUAUGGGCAGGCAUAAGCUACGGACAACGAACACUGUGCAUUUUAUAGAUGGCAAUUUGAAUGCACAGAAACACGAGAUCCUGAGGCCAAUUGUCUUGCCAUUCAUCUGCCAACAUCACCUCAUGUUUCAGCAUGAUAAUGCACGGCUCCAUGUCGCAAGGAUCUGUACACAAUUCCUGGAACCUGGAAAUGUCCCAGUUCUUCCAUGGCCUCCAUACUCACCAGAUGUCACCCAUUAAGCAUGUUGGGAGGCUCUGGAUCGACGUGUACGACAGCGUGUUCCAGUUCCCACCAAUAACCAGCAACUUUGCACAACCAUUGAAGAGGAGUGGGACAACAUUCCACAGGCCACAAUCAACAGCCUGAUCAACUCUAUGCGAAGGAGAUGUGGCUGCAUGAGGCAAAUGGUUGUCACACCAAAUACUGACUGGUUUUCUGAUCCACGCCCCUACCUUUUUUUUUAUGUAUCUGUGACCAACAGAUGCAUAUCUGUAUUCCCAGUCAGGUGAAAUCAAUAGAUUAGAGCCUAAUGAAUUUAUUUCAAUUGACUGAUUUUCCUUAUAUGAACUGUAACUCCGUAGCAUUUGUGUGUUACUGUGCCAGAUCUGAUAGAACACUGUGUGAGGUAUUGGCCACUUGAGACCGGGACAUAGUGAGAAGCUCAGAGGUCCAAACCCACUUCAAGGGCCUCACCACUAUUAACUUCAGCAGAAAAUAUAUCUGACCUUGCGAAGUUAAUGUGUUGUGUGAUUCGGGGUGUGUGUCCUGCAAUGACCAUUUGAGUGUGUCUGUGUGUGUAUGAGUGAUCAAUAUGUCUCACUGCACGCCUCCUCUCUCCUGUGUAGUUCUGCUGUACGUGCGUAGGGAGACAGAGGAGGUGUUUGACGCGGUCAUGCUGAAGAACCCAACAAUGAAAGGCCUGGUGGAAGCAGUAAGUUCUUACUAAAUAUAAAUAGGAAAUGAACACUGCCAGACAUAUGGUGACCGUUAUGGGAGGCUGGUCACAUUGCAUCACUCCAGUGACACUAGUGUGGGUGGCACUGUUUGUGACACGGCCCACUCUGCCACACAGACUCCUCUACCCUGCAAUUACCCAUGUCCACUAUCUGUCUCUCUCAGCUUGAUCCUAAUUCAACCCAGCAUGAGAGAGAGGGAGAGCUAUGACCUCAACUCUUUCCUCAAAAUGAAAUAGAGGGAAAGACUGGGAGAGAGAAUGAGAAAGGGGGAUGCUAAAGGAGGACAGGAGGACAGAGGCAUGACCAUGUGUAGGGUCUCCGCUUCUCCGUGUAGUCAUUCAGCCUUCCCGUCACGGGGGGGUUUGUCUGUCUGGCCUAGUGCACUAAGACAAAGUGGACAGGGGACAUCCCUCAGCAGGGGAAAUGGGGCUGUGGGGAAACUCGACAUGGGUCCCCGACUGCCUCCAUAACAGGCCAAAUGAGUUGUGACAGGACUGGACCUGGCCUCUUAGUUUCUCGGGGAGGGGAGUGUGGGCAGCUGGACAGCUGGGGAGCAAAUGGGGGCAAAGAAACCGCACACACGUCUCUUUUCUUUCCUGGUUGAAUUUGGCUUCUGUUUAAUGUCUGCCAAUCGACCUGAGUAAUUGUUAGGGUGGUCUACUGUAUAUUUAAUUUCCAUUCUCUUCUUUCGAAAGAGAGACUACUGUAUAACAAGCCUUUGUUGCUCCGCUUCUUCUAGUUAUCAGAGAAGUACAACGUGCCGCUCGAGAAAGUGGGGAAAGUCUACAAGAAAUGCAAGAAAGGGUAAGUUGUUCUCAUCAAUGGUAAAUCUAUUUACCAUGAUUUAAGAUCAUUCUACAACAAGUAAAAGCUAUAUUUGUGAAGAACCAGGCCUUUCAUAUAUUUUACACAACAUAAGAUUCUGACCAUAGAAAUUGAAUGACUAGAUUAUAUUACUACUGACAUUCCUAUCUGUCCCUCUAUUAGGAUUCUAGUCAACAUGGAUGACAACAUCAUCAAGCACUAUUCCAACGAAGACACCUUCCAGAUCUCUAUGGAGGAGCUAGGGGGCGUUUAUAAACUCACCCUGACUGAAAUCUGAUUGGCCCAAAAGGAGGGGUGGGGAGUGAUUGACACUAUCACCGCCCAGUCCACAAAGAGUGUGGACAUAGGGCAGCUUGUAAAGUUGUUGUAAAUGACUCUUAGUUUACACAUACACAUGGCAUUGGCCCAGGCACCGAACAUGGAUAAAUGUCUCAGACAUUAGCCAUAUCUACAGUCCACUAGCCUGGUCCCAGAUUUGUUGUUAGGCAUGCCAAUGAUCAUUGCGGUUUCGAGACAGCAUAGACAGAUCUGGGACCAGGCUUAAACUGUCCACCGGUCUGAGAGACCGUGUUCUUCUUUAUUUGUGAUGUCACUAAUCCAAGUUACAAAGCCACUGCUCUAUUGUCAUGAUGCCAUUGUGUUGAUGGCUUUAUGUAGACUUUUGAAACAUUUAUGAUACUUUUGUAUUUAAGAAUUGAGUCUGACAAGAAGCCCUUAUAGCUAUGUCUUAUAGUUAUGCUAAGGCCAUUUGACAAUCUUUGUUA